UCCUGUCCUGAUAUCACUCCGCUGGCAUGGUGGAGAAGCGGACCUGAUUGUUGUGAUGGUGGCAGGCGGCAGCCGCUGACUACACACUUCCGCCGCUGCUUCCCAUAUCCGCGUUUUGCGCCGUCUGGGCUGCUCGAGUAGCCUCUCUACCGGACUACCGCGGGCGCCUGAGCACUUGCAACCCCCACAACUUUACCUCUUCCCCGGGAUUUCUUUCAAACCAAAACCAUAUGAGAUGCAAGUUCACUGGGAAACUCCGGAGCCCGUUCGGUUCAGGCAGCAAAACUUUUUCUCCAAGGACAACACCGUGAGACGGCGAGUGGACUGUUACUGCUGCCGCCGCCGCCGCUGCUGCUCCGCGGGACGGUUUGUGUGUGUGUAACCGCUGAGCGCCUGCUCAGGUCCGGACCUCCGCCGUGUCGUUGUGUUGGUUUCCCGGUGGAGUUGUUGUAAGCAGCGUGGCAGCGGGUGUAUUGUUGGAUUCAGUGCGGGGCUUGCCCGGCUCUCACUCGGGCUGCCUGUUAUUUGUGUUCCCGGGAGCGGUUUGUUUGGAAACAGAGUACAGGAGGGAAGAAGAGACGGUCACUGCCGGGCUCGCAACCCUUUAAACGUGCCCGGUUUGUUUCUCCCUUCAGCGGCUGUUGUUGGUCGUUUCUGUCGUCCGCCGCCCGGCUGAUUGGGACCCUUCGCCGGGGAGGACAGAGGGGGGAACUCGGUGGUGGAGGUGGCGGCGUUGUCGGUGAGCGCGACGGGGGGGAAAGUUCUUCCAAAAUAGCAGCCACCCGGCCCAGUGAUGGGGGACUUCGCCUCCCCCGCUGCCGGACCCAACGGCAGUAUCUGCAUCAACAACAGCAUGAACCCGGCCGCCGGGAGCGUGGUGCCCGCCGGGGCGACGGGCAUACCUAAGCACAGCACCGUGGUGGAGAGGCUGAGGCAGCGGAUAGAGGGCUGCCGGAGACACCACGUCAACUGCGAGAACAGGUACCAGCAAGCACACGCCGAGCAGCUGGAGAUAGACCGCAGGGAGACGGUCAGCCUGUACCAGCGGAGUCUGGAGCAGAGGGCCAAGAAGUCCGCCGGCGGCAGCGGCAGCAGCAAGCAGCCGCAGAGCAAGCAGCCCGACCCGGACUCUGCCUCCUCCGCGGAACAGAGGAAUAACACGCUGAUCGCGCUCCAGGAGACUGUAAAGAGGAAACUUGAUAGUGCACGAUCGCCCCUUAAUGGAGACCAGAACGGCAUCUGUGAUGGGGGCAGCUACUCACCGACCACCAAACGGGUACGGAAGGAGGGCUCUGGUGGUUUGGACUCACUAACAGGUCUCCCGAACAACAGCAACAGUGUACCACCCAUCUCGCCUUUGCAUCACCAAAUGGACAUUAAGCCAUUACUUGGUGGGCCCAACACUUCCACCGGAAACAACACUACAAGCAGCAAUGGCAACCAUGUUGGCAGAGCAUCAGAUGAGCUGGGGAAGAACGGUGGCAGCCAUCUGCCAGACAUGAAGCUGAAUGGCUCACUUGACCUGGAGGACAGCUUCGGCCUCCUCAAAGAUCUGAAACAGGAGCCGUUGGAUGAUGCAAGCGGGAUGGAGUCCUCGGAUCCCCAGUCUCUGUCCAAUCAGAACAAACUGUUCUCUGACAUCAACCUUAAUGACCAGGAGUGGCAGGAGCUGAUCGAUGAGCUGGCCAACACUGUGCCAGAGGAUGACAUGCAUGACCUCUUCAAUGAGGACUUUGAGGAUAAGAAGGAGGCAGAGUUUGGCAGGCCGGCAAACAAUCAGACACCGGGCCCGCAGGAAGCAGCAGGGAAUACGACGGCACCUGGAGGGGGAACGGCGCCGGCAGCAGCCCUGCCUCCUCCUCCUCAGCCCCCACAGGGAGGUCCACAGGUUCCCAUAGGUUCGCCACAGGUCCGACCAUCGUCGUCUGGCCCUCAGUUUGCCACCACUGCCAAUGGAACACCUCCGCAGCAACCUUUGCAGCAGUCUCCGGCCGUUGCCAUGGCAUCGGGUUCACCAUUGCACAACUGCGUGGCGCGUUCCCCUCAAACCCCUACCCAGGCUCAGACACAAGCAGUCUCCAGGCCUGGGAAUGGUUACAUAAUGAACCCAGGCCCGGGGGUCAGUCAGGCAGGAACAGGACCCGGAGCAGCUGGGGUCGCCCCCGGAGGUCAGCCUGUAGGGCCAGUGACGCCAGAACUUUCUCCAGCCGAGCAGUUAAAAGCAAUGGCUCAGCAACGUGCUAAACUGCUGCAGCAGAAGCAGCAGCAGCAGCAACAAGCAGCUAACUGGUCCCCUGCAGGUGCUCCAACCAGUCCCUAUAACUCUGGUCCCUUUAACCAGGACAAACCCAACAGCCCCAUGAUGUACCCACCACAAGCCUUUAACACACCACAGGGCCCUCUAGUGGCAGGGAUGGCCCCCAACAAUGGGCCCAAAGCCCCAAUGAGCAACUACCUCCCUCACAACCACAUAAGCAUGAUGGGACAGCAACAGCCAAACAGUAUCAACCAAAACACCCUGUCCAAGCAACAGCAGCAACAGCAGCAGCAGCAAACAGCAGCCAUGUUGUCCUAUAGCAACACCAAACCACUGAGUCACUUCAGCGGCAGUGGUGUGGAUCACAUAGGUCAGAGGAUGACUCCACCAAUGGCAGGGAACAAUCAGGUCAAGAACCCCAUGAUGCCUCCCUACAUGGGUGGUGGGGGCCAGGGGGCGGGGCCAGGGCAGACCCAGGGCCCAAUCCCGGGACAGACGGCCCACCUUAGUGAAGAGCAGAAGAGGAUGUUGCUGAUGAAGCAGAAAGUGUUGAACCAGAACAUGCCCUACAGCGCCAUGCAGCCUCAUGGACAGGAGCAAGGUGUGGUGGGAAUGUCACGACCACCUGGCGCUAUCCCUCCUCCUCAUCCUGGUGGAGGUGUGGCCUCAGGGGUUGGACCCAACCAGGGGUCAGGACCACCUCCGGGCUACGUGGGCAAUCAGCAGCAGGCGGCCAUGAUGAAACAGAUGAUGGCGAUGGAGCAGGAGAAGCGGGUGCAGAUGCUCAUGAUGGAGCAGCAGAAACAGCAGCUCUUCAGAGAACAGAGGCAGCAGCAGCAGCAGCAGCUACUGGCUGAGCAGCUCCAACAGCAGCAGCACCUCCCCAGACAGAUGGGCCAAGGCCAGAGGAAUCCAUACCCCCAAGUCAAUCAAUACCAAGGUCCUCCUCAGGAUCUGGCAUCCAGGAGCCAGGCUCUCCAGAACAUUCGAGCUGCCCGACUCUUACAGCAGCAACAGCAGAGCCAGCAGCAGAUGGUCCAGAUGAGUUCUGUUCAGAGCCAGGGUGGCUCUGUGGGACCCCAAGCUGACAUGGGCCUACCCUAUGGCAACCAGGGGUCUAACCAGGGUUCCCUGUAUGGGCUCAACCCCUCCAUGAGCCAAAUGAUCCACCAGCAGCAGCACCAGAGCCAAAGCGUCCAAGCCUCCAUGGGUCUUCCACCGCAGCACAACCCUGCUGGAGGGCCGCCAAGGCAAGCAGGUGCGGGUCCUGGGGUAGGAGGUAUGCCAGGAGGCCCUGGAGGUGGUGGAGCUGGAGGGUACGGGGGACAGGGCAUGUUAAUGAACUCCAUGACCCAGCAACCCCUCAAAGGCCCUCCCAAUGCCAAAGCUCAGGCACAGAGACUGCAAAGCAUGCUGGGAGCAGGAGGAGGCGGCGGGGUAAUGGGAGCGGGCGGCUGGCCGCAGCAGCAAGGACAGAGUCUGCAGGCCAUGGGGGGAGGAGUCGGAAGGACUACAGGAAGUGGUGGAGGAGACAUGGUGGGGUUCAGCUCAGCCCAGGGUUAUGGGAUGCAGCCAGGUCAACCCCCUCGCAUGGCCAAGCAACACUUUCAGGGCCCGGGACAGGGGAUGAGCCAGGGGAUGGACCCAAGGGUGGGCAAUCCAGCUGCAGGUAUGGGUGGCCCCAUGAUGGGCCCUCACAUGGGCGGUCAGCCCAGGACCAACCAGCCCCGGCCCAUGGUCAUGAACCAGGGAAUGAACCAGGGGGUGAUGGGCCAGGGGAUGACUGGGAUGGGGAGUUUCGGGCCAGGACCGGGGGGACCAGGAAUCGGGACAGGGGGAGGUGGACCCUAUGGACCCGCAGGAGUUGGGGUUGGAGGUCAGCCGCAGGGCUACCAGAGGACAGCCAAUCAGGACAUGUCAUCUUAUGGAUAUGGGGGCGGGCCCUCAGGUGGCGCAGCCUUCGGAAUGGGCGAUGGCUCAGGGGCGGAGCUGGACUCAAGCGAUGGGUGGAUGGAGGAGUUUUUCCCGAGCCAAUAGCCAACAGGGAAAGUGGAGAAGAGUUUUUACUGGAUGAACUAAACAUUAAAGUAGGACAAAAGUUAAAACCUGAGAAAGUAAAACAGAACGACACGACGUAGACUGGCAUGUUUUUGUUUUGUAAAACAUGGGCAAGGUUAUAAAUGAGUUCUUGUGUUACAUUUCGUGUAUGAGUGUAUGUGUGUGUGUGCGAUUGUGUGAUGGAGAGAGAGCGAUCAUUAUGUCUUGUGCAUAUUAAUGAAAAACCAAUAUAGAGAUUAAGAGGUGUGUUUCAUUAGUUUUCUUCUCUUUUUUUUUCGCGGAAUGAAUUUUUCUCAUGUUCCAGUGUUUGAAAGCGAGCCCCGUUUACACAGCACCGCUUUGAGCCCGAGCUUCAGCAGAGGCUGAUUGAACACCACAGACUGAUGACGGGGAAGGAAGACUUGUUCUCAAGACAGCAAUUUAUUUGUGUUUGUGUGUUUGUGCCACCCAGCUCAGUGCUGCUCAGAUCUCUCAACUGUGUGAGGAGCUGAAGGGAGUAGAAAGCACUCUCAAUGCUCCCAUUUCCUCUCUUAGAUUUGUGUCCCCCAUAUAUACACACACACACACACACGACAUACACAAAUCUCUCUCCCACACACUCUCUCACUCUGUUCUUUUCACUUGAUCUCUCUCUGUCUCUCUCUCAUCCUCAUUUUUUUCUCUCUCUCCUCCCGUCUUUCCCACCCUCUCUCCGGAGACUCGUUCCUCACUCUCAACACUCCUUUCUCUGUUUAAAUUGUGAACAUCACAACAGAACAAAUGAUGUUCCUCUAUUGUGCCAGACAAGCACACUCUGCCCUCUAGUGCUUUUGCUAGGCAACCGACCUGGGUGGCGUUAUUUUUUCUUUCUUUUCCUUUUUUUUUUGAUGAGGGGGUUCAUUUCCUGUGUGUGGCUGUGGAUGACGGGUAUGCACAUAGAGGAAGACAAAGAGAAUAGGCAGCUAAAGCAAGCAUUUGGUCUCAAAAGCUCACACACACACACACACCAAUCACCCAACAAACAAACAUCAGCCCGGGAGGAUGAGCAGAUGUGUGAGAGGCAGCUAACAGAGCUAAUAUGACAUGAAACCCUCUCUCUGUGUGACACAAACCACAUUACAUGCAUCAGGCUGACACGAAGCAGAAUGAUUCGCUGGGCACUGAAUGUAUUCAAGCACCACAAGUGACUUCUUCUUUUUAAGGGAAAAAAACGUUCAUCAAAAAAACCACCUACAUAUUGUUUUGUUCGUUGCUGUGUUUUAUCUCUAACAACGAUGCUGGUUGUGUCUUUGUUGCUUAAAAAGCAAAAAAAAAAAAAAGAAGUUGAAAUUAGCCCUCUUUUAGUUUGUGUUGUCUUUUUAAUAUCUGUUUGUCCUCCCGUCGCACCUCAGCCUUCUCUUCCGAUCGUGACACAGCUGGUUGUCAAGUCACCGUGGCCCUGCUUUACAUCACGGCUUCGCUUGUACCGCAGCUAUAAAACACCCUCGCUCCAGACUAGAACAUAACUGUGCUAUACUGUAACACUACUGUGAAGAAAUACGAGUUGUCCCCUUGCAGCGCUUUACUAAGAAAACGAAUCACUGCAGAAAGUUUUAGAGGAAGUAGAGAAGCUUCAGACAGCUGAUCAGGGCUUAAAGGGUGACUACAGUUAGCGCCAGUUAGCAUUAAACCAAGCAGUGCUUCCACUGAAGUCAGUGUCUCCCCUCCUCUCAGUAAACUGUAGUCUGUCCACUCCUUCGCCCUCAUGGUUGAGUCAUAAAUAUCUGUUAGAUAGGUUUUAAUACAGUAGGCGUUGGUAAGAUAACACCUUACUCCUCUAGCUGUUUUGCAAUCUUGGUUAAAAGAUGAAUGAAAAUCAGUCUGCGCGUGCAUUACUUUGUAUUUAGUUCAUCAGAGUGAACGUUUGGAGGAUGAUGCUGUAAUCAACGAACCAAAAAGCCUUCUUCUCUGUAAACUAACUCUCCUUGCCAUCAACGCAUCUGUUCUCAUGGUUGUUGCCGUUGUACAAAUCAAACCCUUUAAAUACAAACUCUAACCACCAUGCCCGUUUGUCCCGUAGGUGUUGCUGCGUUUGGUAGCGCCCACGAAUGAGGUUCUGUACUUUGUUUUUUCGUCAUGCUCGGUGGGGUAGAAGUGCUCCGUCUCACUGUGUGGAGUUGAAGGUCAAUGGCAGACAGAAGUAUAGGUUGCAGCGUUCCCAGGUUCUAUCUGGGGAGAAUGGUUAAAAACAAGUGAAACCCUGUGUCAGUGUCUGGAUAAACUCUUGGAAUGUUUGAGCCUUCCUCGCGCAGGAGAAGCAGUGGUGCUAAGUGGCUCCACUGCUUAUACUUCCAAAACUUUGAUAGUACUGCAGCACCACAGGCAGGCUCAUGUAUAAAUUCAGAGUGAAAUGGAGGCGGUGUGUAGGAAAACACCUGAGGUUAACCACUCCGACCAAGAGGCAAGAAGGUAGACAAAAACUUCUGGGUAAGAGUAAAGGUCACAGCUGCUGCGACCCUUUUGUUUUUCUUCAGAGUGAGGAUUCGUGAUAUGGUUUGAAAUCCCUUCAGGAAGAGAGGAAGCUUCCUCCAAAAAUCUUUAUGUACCGGGACCAAGUCUGUAGACAACAUUUUAACAAAAGUUGUUGUUGUUGAUGUUCUUUGUUUUAUUCUGGUUUUUUUUGUUUUUUUUACUGGUGCUGACAUAUAUGUGAUUAUGAGAAAAACUAUAUAAAAGAUAAUGGCUAUUUGUAAAUAUGUUUUUACAGGUUUAAAUACAUCAGAUAAUACAGUCUCUACUCUGUAAAGAAUUUACUGUUUGUUGGAAAAAUAGAGAAGUAUUUUUAUUUUGAAGUUUUUUUGUUUCCACUUUUAACCCAUCUGAGCUAUGCCAUUGCACUUCAGACAAUGUCUUACUACUAAUUUGUAUUGUAAACCUCCUCUCUUUUUUGGAAUUUGUUUUCAUUCGUUUUUUGUUUUUUUUCUAGUUUGAGAUCGACUCUGUUCUUGAGCAGUGCUUAUUUCUUUUUAUCCUGUACAGAAUUCUGAAAUGUUAACAAAAGAGAGUUACAAAGGACUUUUUGUUUGUUUGUUUUUCAAAAAGAUACAAUAAAGAGAGAAUGUUCUCGCUGAUCAUAUUAAAUGAA